UAAGUUGUUGUUCGCUGAGACUGUACUAGUUGACCCAGCCUGCGAGUUGCUACUUUCUUUCUGUCAAGUAGCUAGCGUGGAAAGUUGAAAUCAGAGGUUGUCAAGAGGUCGUCAUAUUUGUGUUGUUGUUUAAGUAGCUAGGAAGUAAACUAUUUAAUCUGAUAUGGUACAUGAUGGCUAUAGAAAGUGAACUGUAAGUUGUAUGUUGAUAUGAAACAACGGAUAAGGGCAACAGAAGGUAACGUUAACGUUUAUUGCUGGCUUGCUGACUACUGCAUGGUAGCCAUGCAGCUAUGCUAGCUAGCUAGCCAGCAAGGGUUGUUUACAAGUUAUCAGUCCCCAAAUUAAUUUCCGACCUUUGAUUACAUUUAAAUGUGAUAACCACAUUGGCCUUUACGCCACACUGGAUUGAAAUAGUUGUUGAUUAGAAACUGUCAUGAUGUCCGCCGAAGUUAAAUGUGGUUCGAGUUUGACAGCGAACUGUUCAAGUAGGGGAGAGAACCAAAACAGCGAGCCGCAGCCACAGACAUCAGAUACAACGCUCCAGCACGAGGAGACCCAUACCAGUCCAGGACUUGAUCUUAAUGCCAAACCAAACACCGAAGCCUCGAAGGUUCCGAUGGAUGUGCACGACACUUCUAAAGCUAAUGAUAAAGAAAACGAGAACGCCAACCACAACAAUGUGGACUCAAGUGAUACGGCGAAGAAGGUUGUUGAAGCACCACCGCCUAAAGUGAAUCCAUGGACUAAAAACAAUACAGGUCGCGUAUCAAACAACACAGUUGCCUCUAGUCCACAAGAUAAAGAGCAACAAAACCCUAUGAAAGUUAUCCGUGCAAGCAAGCCUAGUACAAGGAAAACCAGCAAGUCUAGUGAUUUCAGUGACAUUACCAACUGGCCCACUCCUGGAGAACUGGCUCAAGAGGGGAGGAGAGAGGGUGGCUGGCGGAGGGAGAGGAGACGGGAGGAGCCAGAGAAGGUCCUGGAUGGGAGCGAGAGCAAGGAGAACCAUCAGGCUGAGCAUGUGGCAGAGCCGGCCCGGGACAGGGGGGCAGAGCAGGGGGAAGACGCCCAGGCUGCUGCCCUGAAGAAGAGAGGAGGCUGGAGGAGAGAAGUGCGGGACAACGCCGACGACGGUGUCCGUGGCGACGGCGGCGGUCCGAGGGGCCGAGGCAGGGGGCGUGGCCGCGGGAGGGGGCGUGGCCGAGGCCGCUACGAAGGCGGCUCCGGCGCUCCUGCCGGGUCCAACAUGGUGUAUUACUACGACCAGAUGUGUGUGGAUGAGAAGCUGCUCAAGGACUACAUCAAACGGCAGAUAGAGUAUUACUUCAGCCUCCACAACCUGGAAAGAGACUUCUUCCUAAGGCGGAAGAUGGACACCCAGGGCUUCCUGCCCAUCUCCCUCAUCGCUGGCUUCCACAGAGUCCAGGCGCUCACCACCGACCUCAGCCUCAUCCUGCUGGCCCUGGAAAACAGCAUGGAGGUGGAGGUCAUCGAUGAGAAGGUUCGCUGUAAGGUGGAUCCAGAGCACUGGCCCAUCCCCACGCCGGCCACGGUGGGAUCUCCACGGACUGACUUCUCCCAGCUCAUCCACUGUCCUGAGUUUGUCCCCGGAAAAGUCUUCAUCCCUCUCAAUACUGGUCCUUCCCCAGGAACCUCCCCCGUCGCAGAGGGCAUCAGCCAGCCUGCCAGCCACCCAGCCAGCCAAGGUGCAGGGCUCUCUCCCAAAGCCAGCCAGCCAGACCCAGAGGCCUGGAUCCAGGUGGAGAAGCGGCACCGCAACAGCUCAGGCAGGAUCAAGCACGUUCAGGAUGUGGAGUCUGCUAGCUCCUGCUCCACUGCUCCAGUCUCAAAGCGUAGCGGGUCUCCCCCAGACAGCAGCAGGGGCCCCCAGCAGGCCGACCAGGAGGAGCUCGACUUCCUGUUCGACGAGGAGAUGGAGCAGCUGGCGCCGAGGAAGAACACCUUCACCGACUGGUCGGACGAGGACUCGGACUACGAGCUGGACGACAACGAUGUCAACAAGAUCCUCAUCGUGACGCAGACGCCUCCCCACCUGCGCAAGCACCCCGGCGGGGACCGCACGGGCAGCCACGAGUCCCGGGCCAGGAUCACGGCCGACCUGGCCAAGGCCAUCAACGAUGGGCUGUACUACUACGAGCAGGAUCUGUGGACGGGGGAGGAGCCUGCGGAGAGUUCCGCCUCCAAGCAGGAAGUGGAGACCUUCAAGAAGUUGAACGUUAUUAGUAAAGAUGAGUUUGACACUCUCACCCCAAAACUUCCUGUUGACCCGAACCAGGAAGUCCCGCCUCCUCCUCCGCCUGCAGAGGAGAUACUGGAGGAGUCCGAGAGCGUUGCCCCCUCUCUGCCCACCACGGUGCCAGCAGGCUCCCCCAGCGCCCACCAGCCCAGCACUCCCCGGACCCCCCGUACCCCCCGCACCCCCGGGCGCCAAGACCCCAACAAGACCCCCCGCUUCUACCCGGUCAUCAAGGAGAGCGGCGAGGUCGAUGUUCAGACCCCCAGGAAGAAGAAGACCAGGCACAGCUCCAACCCCCCCCAGGAGAGCCACGUUGGCUGGGUGAUGGACUCCCGGGAGCACAGGCCUCGUACAUCCUCCAUCAGCAGCUCCUCCCCCUCCGAGGGUGCCCCCCUGGCUGGGAACUAUGGCUGCACCCCCCAGUCUCUGCCCAAGUUCUGGCACCCCUCCCAUGAGCUGCUCAAGUCCAGCGGCUUCACCCAGCAGGGCUACCACAAGUACCGCCGGCGCUGCCUGAACGAGAGAAAGCGGUUGGGAGUAGGCCAGUCCCAGGAGAUGAACACCUUGUUCCGCUUCUGGUCCUUCUUCCUGCGAGAUAACUUCAACAGGAAGAUGUAUGAAGACUUCAAACUGUAUGCUGUUGAAGACGCAAAGGAAAAUUACAGGUAUGGGCUGGAGUGUUUGUUCAGGUACUACAGCUAUGGGCUGGAGAGGAGGUUCAAGCAGGACUUGUUCAAAGACUUUCAGGAAGAGACCCUCAGGGACUGUGAGAAGGGCCAACUGUAUGGCUUGGAGAAGUUUUGGGCCUUCCUGAAGUACUCCAAGAUAAAGAACCAGCCCAUCGACCGAAAGCUUCAGGAAUAUCUAGGGAAAUUCAAAAAUCUGGAGGAUUUCAGAGUUGAUCCUCCCAUGGGGGAGGAGGUAGGCAGAAGAAGAAGGGAGGCAGCAGAAGAAGGGAGGCGCAGAAGACAUCUUCUGAACCUUCAAUCCAAACCCUCCCAAACCUCCAACCCAUCAUCCAAACCCUCCCAGACCUCCAACCCUCCAUCCAAACCUUCCCAAACCUCUAACCCAUCAUCCAAACCUUCCCAGGCCUCCAACCCUCAAUCCAAACCCACCCAGGCCUCCAACCCUUCAUCCAAACCCAACCAGGCCUCCAACCCUUCAUCCAAACCCACCCAGACCUCCAACCUUCCAUCCAAACCCACCCAGGCCUCCAACCCUUCAUCCAAACCUUCCCAGACCUCCAACCCUCCAUCCAAACCUUCCCAGGCCUCCAACCCUUCAUCCAAACCCACCCAGACCUCCAACCUUCCAUCCAAACCCACCCAGGCCUCCAACCCUUCAUCCAAACCUUCCCAGACCUCCAACCCUCCAUCCAAACCUUCCCAGACCUCCAAGCCUUCCCAGACCUCCAACCCUCCAUCCAAACCUUCCCAGACCUCCAACCCUCCAUCCAAACCCUCCCAGACCUCCAACCCUCCAUCCAAACCCACCCAGACCUCCAACCCUCCAUCCAAACCUUCCCAAACCUCCAACCCUCCAUCCAAACCUUCCCAAACCUCCAACCCUCCAUCCAAACCCACCCAGACCUCCAACCCUCCAUCCAAACCCUCCCAGGCCUCCAACAAGUCAUCAUGUGCCAGUGAUGUGGGAUCACCACCACCAGGCAGUGGCCCCCGCAUACCGAGAGCUCCCAGGGAGAAAACCAAUACCCUCACUCCAGCUGAGGGGCGCAAGGGAGAAGCUGGCAGUACCAAAAAGGAAACUCUCGCUCCACACAAAUGAAUGUGUAUGUAUGCAGUCAGGCGGAAUGAGAGAGCAGGGCCUGGGGGGAGAAAGCUGAGCAGGCCCCAAGAAGCUUUGACGCUGCAUAGAAGGAAUUUGAUUUGAUUAUUGGAAGAUCUGCAUUUGAUUGUUGAACACGCAUAGAUGGUUGGCUAAAAGUUAUCAUGGUUCUUGACAGCUCCAAUGUUUACACAAAUAAUGCAUUCCUGCAUUGUAUUUGCAGUGUUCAUUUUCUAGGAUGCCUUACAUUUCAAUACAUGUAUUUCACCAUCUGAAGAGUAACAGUAACAUCUGAUAAAACUGUAAGGUUAAAGUUGAGUUAGCCAUGAUAGUGCUUUGGUGCGUGGUCUUGAUUUGAAGACAUUAGAAUGCAACUAUGUUCCUAUUGCGAGUUUGAAGAAAAGUCUUCAACUUGUCAGUUUUGGAAAUAGGUGCCACUUGCAUACGUUGGAUAUAAUGCAAGUUGGAUUAAUAAACCAAAAUGCCUUUACAGACUUAAUAUCCAAAUUAUUUAGAUACAAAUUUAGUAUUUAAGAUGUACGAAUUUUAAUUUGUUGUGACUCUUAGCCUGCUCAAUUUAAACAGAUGAAUAUUUUGGAUGAAUUGCUUUUAUUAUGGCUUAUUGAGCAUACAAAACUCAUAUCUUGAAAUAUAUUAGAAAUAGGAUAAUUUAUUGUUUUAACUGGUUAAUUUGAACACGCCUAGUUAAUCAUUAUAGAUGUUUCAUGCUUUUAAUGCUUGAUUAUUAAACAGGAGGAAAUGGGACAACCAAGUCUGUGUGUAAGCCAACAAAUAUGAUUUCAAUGCUCUUAACUUUAUAUCAACGUGUGUGCUGCGCUCAUGUAACUUGAUAUUUACCCUCUCCCACCAGGAGGAUGAAGCUGAAACUGUCACCUAUUGAUGAAUGUACAUACUAUGCAAUUCAGUGGAAAUUCUUUGUUUUUGAUUUGGAUUUUAUUAAUUCAUUUUUGUGUGCGAAUGAGGCAGUGCUGGUUUGAGUCUUUUUGAGCAAAUAUGCAUGUAAACGCCAGACAUUCUUGUAAUGAACUGUAAAAAGACAUAAAGAAGUAAUUGAUUGUCGAAA